CUGUUCAGUGUUUUACAUGUGGCUGCUCGAAGCAAGCAAAAUUUCGCUUUAAAAACUCUACUACGAGCACUUCGAGAAUAUGGCUGUGCCAGUGACCUUGAUUCAAUUAUUAACGCUGUCAAUGCUCGAGGUCAAACUCCUCUCCAUUGUGCAGUUCGAGCUGGUGAUACUGAUUGUGUGCAUUAUUUACUCGCAUCUGGUGCACGAAAAGACAUGCCUGACAAUAAUAUGAAUACGGUCAUACAUUAUUUAGGAGAAGUUUACAAUGAUGAUAUAUAUAAGGAAAUUAUUGAAAGGAGUAACGAAGAAAAUCAAAUUGGAGAUGAGGAAAAAAAGGAAAACCCUUUAGCAAUAAAAAACGGCGAAGGUUGUACACCUGUACAUAUCGCCGUAAGAAAGUUGAAGCUCGGUCUAUUGGAAACUUUAAUUGAAGCUGGAGCACCUCUUGAUAUAGCUGACAAAAAUGGCGAAACACCUCUAAUCACAGCACUUAUUUUGAACGAUAUUGAUUCCGCCAAUCUUUUAAUACAAAGCAAAUGCAAUGUAAAUGCUGAGUCACAAAACGGAGAAACUCCUUUAAUGUUGGCAUGUCAGUUAAAGAAUUUAAAAUUGAUUGGGCGCCUUAUCGAUGCUGGAGCUGAUCCACACUAUGCGAAUAUAGAUGGCAAAAAACCGGUUGAUAUUGAAGACAGUGAUGUUCAAAAAAUAUUAAAUGGUGAAAGAAUAGUCGAAAGUGAUAUCGAUUCCACAGCGUCUGAUAAUAAUGCACUAUGCAGUAGUAAUGACCGUUCAAUUGACGAACAAUCGUCACCGCCAUCCAUUCAUCGAUUACGGAGGAUUCGUACAGAUGACAUAUCAUCACUGGAUUAUGUUACACGUCUGCGAUUAUCAAAGUUACUCGACGUCGAGAACAAAUGGGAAAUACUUGCCGACCAUUUAGGUUGUUCGCAUAUGACACAAUUUAUAUCCGUUUGCAUUGACGAAUCAUCGUCACCAACGAUGAUGUUGCUAGACCAAUAUGAACAAAUUCCGAACGCAAAUUUGGCAACAAUUAUCCAAGCACUCGAAAGAAUGGGCGAAUUAAUUGGAGCAAAUUUAAUUAAGGAUGGUAACGAAUAA